AUGGCGAAUUUGGUCACAAAAGUUGACCUAAGUGCCGUGAAAAACAAGGCAGAACUCCAGGCCUCACUCGUGUCGUGGAACUGGGAUUUUUCACUCGUCAAAGUGGAAGCUCCUAAGGAGUUCAACGCGGUGGGAAACUGCAUCUCCCCUCAUAGAAAGCUUGAUGCCGAGACUGGCGACUUGCACAGGACCGCGCGUCGGCUCGGUGCUCUCUUCGAGGGCGUCUCUCCAGAUGCACCUGCUUUACUACGGGCAUACGGCACACGAGUUUCUGAGAUCUGUACCCACAACAGCAAAGCUAACGAUAAACAAAAACAUGGAAUCUUUACGGAAUGGUAUGGCCCAGACGCCGCCAGCAUUUGGGCAGCAGCUACCUCCGGGAAUCACGCCAUCGCUGUUCAUCUACUUGCCUGUAUGAUUGCCGAGAUAUAUGACUCGCACACUCAGGCCGUGGCAUUAUGGGUUGAACUGGUUAUCAAGAGGAAGGAGCAAUUAGAAAUCGAGAUUCAGAACGUAUAUACAGACCCAAUGAAGAGGGAGGCUAGAAUGAUGGCAAGAUUACAAGAUAUAUCACGAGCCGACCUCAAUGCAUGGGAUAACAGUGCAAGAGCUUGGAUCCGAACCGCGAAUGAAGCCAAGCAGAAACAAAGGCAAAGGGCCAUGCUGCACACCGAGAAAACAGGAGCCUCCGUGAACCAAUUAGCUGACCCAUAUGCUAGUGUCAUGUUGGCUUGGAAAGAUGCUAUGGUAGCUAUGAAUAGCCUCGUCAAAGGUAUUCCAACGCGAGUUGUGAAUGGCGCUGUCUCUCUCGGCAUGAGCGCUUGGCAUCUAUAUCCAAAUUUGAACGUGUUAAGUCAUGGUCCAGAUUUGGUACUACAGAAUGACCCGCUUAUUGAAAAAACCGGCAUCCUCACUAUUGAUUCCGAAGUGCUGGCCGAGGGACAGGAAGGGAUACGAUGGUCGUUACCCCUGUCUUACAUGCGAUAUUAUGGACCUCCCGUCAAUACCGAACAAGUAAUGGCCGUCGAUAAAAGUCGAAUCACUACGAAUCAAUUCAGGUUUGUUAUAUUAGGCUGCGCGAUAGCCCAGUGGCAUGACCUACUAAAGCCAGUCACUAAUGCGAUCAACUUGACAACGAAGCUCCUUGAAAAGCUAAGGUGUUAUAUCUCUGCCGACAUAUUGUCAUUACCGGUAACAUCAUUCUCAAUACACCCAUUAACGGCAAGGUGGUCGUGGAUUGGUCAACUUCUAAGAGCAGCCGAGGACUUUGAAAUGACCGAUGGCGAGGAACGUGAAAUUGCACGGAAGCUAAUUAAUCAUGGACGACGUUGUGGAAAGUUUCUCUGUGAUGAUAAUGAGCAUCCACCUCCCUAUUUUGGAUUAAGCGAACCAGAACUACUGCUCCCGAUGCUGAAUGGUUCAGAAUCUCGAAUUGCAUAUCUGCGGGCACUUGCGGAACACAGGAAUAUGUCCAAUACCAACCAUGUCAUAUGUUACCAGAGGACAACACAUAUUGUCGAAUUCUGUAGCAUCAAGCGAUUUGAUGCGGGAUUUGGAUGCGCGAUAGAUAAUAAGGGGUAUAUACGGAGAAGCCCAGAAAAGCCGGUCCCCCAAAACGUUUUUUGUCGAUGGCUCACCGUAUUUACAAGAGACGAGGCAUCUGACUGCGAUUGCCUAUUUGGUGUGAAGCUUUUAGAUCGGCGCGACGAGAUUAAUAAAAUGGGCGAGGUAUGCAUGAUUGCACACAAAAUCGAAGCAGACCAGGAUCCAGACAACGGAAAGGUUGAGUUUGGAGUCGAAACUGACCUCGAAUCCUCCAUAAUAAAAUUUGCUGAAGAAAUGGCAGUGAGAAUGAGGUUAAUAACUGAGAAACAAGAUAUUAGCUUAAUCGGAGACUUCUUGCCAUUGGAAUUCGUCGCGGGUAGUAGAGGAAAUGCCGAGCAAGAAGACGAAGUCGCUGCUAUACAGUCACCUGCAGAAUUCCCUAGCAUAGGGAUGAAAGCAAAAAAACAUAAUGUGUUCUUGCCAUUCGAAUUUAUAUUUGAUGAUGAACAUCUUCUGCUCAAAAGGUUGCUACAUUGGGUUCGAAUGGAACUUCGAGAACAAUAUCCAAAUUAUGUCAGUUCCUUAAGAGCUAGCGCCACAGCAAUGGAAAUCUACACCAACCUAGGUGCAGAUGCUACAUUAAAAACAUCUACAAUAGACAAAACUACUCUCAAGUCGGCAAGAUGGUUCAUCAACAAGUACGACUACGAUGUGACGUCGUGGAUGGUCCUGCUGUCGAGAUCGGAAGCCUUUUCAUGCAUUGCCAUGUUCGAAUCCGGGGGCCUCAACAUAGAUCCGCUGGGGCUUGAGGAGGUUUUCGCUAUGACGUCCGGAAACUCGAUCUUCGUAUCGAGUUCUAUGAUAUGCGACCCUCAAUACGAAUUUAUUGACAACCAGAUCGUGCGUGUUCCUGGAAACAUCGGCGAAUCUGGGUUAUCAUUCCUCGUAUCGCCUCCAAACCCCGUGAUAAAAACAAGACAUGAUGAUGAUUGGGCUGUGAUCAACCAUUCUCCUUUCGAUGGAAAGCUUGAGCCUAAUUUCGAGAAGACAUCAAUCCAUUUGGUGAAGACGGGUUAUACUUCCGAGAUCCGCAGCAUGGAUGACAAAGGGUAUUUUAUCGAACGUGAAGCAAUGCUUCGGGAGAUCAAUGUACAAGUCUUACAUGGUGGAGACUGGAUAGGUGACCUGAACAUUCCCUCUGCUCUUAAAGGCGAAAGUAUUAGCUGGGUUACGUGCGAACAUUCGGAGUCUCCAAUUCCCUACAGCCAUGUCUUUGCAGAGGACGAGAUUGUAACUGCAGAUUGUUGGGCCGAAGUAUUAAACGAUGCUAUGGAUAGCAACUACAUUAUCGUACGGGCUUCUGGUGGACAGAAUUCUGAUGAGCAGUCUAACCAAUGGCUCGCAAGACUUGCUGCUUCAGCUAUAUCGGUACAGCAAGGCAAAGAAACCGUCGUCCUCUCACAGGGCGUAUGCUGGCUUUGCGUUAAAAUGCAUCUCGAAGAGUUCGAUCUCGAAGAUAAGGUUGUACUGAUUGGGUAGCAGCUCAAAUGCCAUUCAGAUGCUGUACAGACUCUUGCCAGACUGGGGAAAAUACUGAGGGAUAUCAAAAUGAGUAACAGAAGACCAAGUUGAAUUUAUUAGGGACUUACGCUGUCUAGAUGUUGUAUUAAUAUACCUCUCAUACGUUAGGUUCAGGGAUGUUUCACGACACAGCCUCAGAAAGACUCGUUCAUUUACAAGAACAGAGUCUUGAAAUAUGAUAAGAAACAGAAAUUUCUUUAAACUUACACUGAAUCAUACCGUACCAUUUCAAUGUAAAUUGGCAUUAUGACAUCGUCAAU